AUGGGACAUGGAGUGUGCAAUGACGAAGGACGGAGUUCUUUAGGCCACCUUUUUCGGGGUGGAGGUGGAGAGGCUCCAACUCCUCUAAAACCCACAAAUAGCAAUAACAAUGUUGAACCUCCGCGAGUAGGCCUCCUUGAACAGGUUACUCCUACAACUAGUGAGCCCGUAGAGGUUAGCACGCGAGUUCCAGCAAAACCCAACACCACUAACAAUUAUUUUCGUGUCGAUGGCCGAAUUGUGGCAACUUUCUUAUGCGAGUGA